AUGUCAAAAUGCCUCAAAUUCACUGCGACCGCCGUUGUUGAGUGGGACCAAUCCGACGAAAGGCACUUUUUCACCGACCCCGAUGCCCGCUCCAAGUUGACGUUCGAGGGUCGCUUCUACGACGAUCCAGGCUUAUGCAGCUUUUUCCAGCUUUCCGUUCCAGUCUACCUCCAAGGCAUCUCGUGCAGCACGAAAAUACUGCUGCCAAUCUAUCCCGACGCUAUCACAGCCCUUGAAUCGGAAAGAUUGCCCUCUUCGCCAGCCUUUGUGGACAAGAAAUUGCCCGGCAGCUGUGUUUAUUUGCGCUUCCGGCUUGCUCGCCCCAUCUGCAUGAUUGUUCCAGUCAAGGCAAAGACGCCGCUCACACCUGGGCGACAUGUCUCGGCCAACGUGCUCGACAAUCUUCGCUCCUUAGCACAAGCUACAGAAAUGACAGUGUACGUUUCGGAUCGCAAGCUUUCGAGAGAUAAGGUGCAGACGAUACAGGGCAAGCUCGAGACGCACAGGACAAUUCCACAAACGCGUUCAGCGCCGCCCACACACGACUUGGCCUGUUUGUUUGGCGGCACAGGCGGUAAAAUAAUCGACUGCUCUGCUGAGAGCCCUCCGUCGUACGAUCAAAUUGGUCUGCCACCACCGUCACUGUCUCUCUCCGAUCUUGCCACAAAGCCUGGGCCGAGCAGCACGAAGCGACAUCGACGAGAUUCCUCAACAUCGGAGGAAGCCCAUAGCCGUUCCGACAUUCACUGGGCCGUCUUGUACAAAAAAUUCGAAGAGCUUGAAGAUCGGGUGCAAGAGCUGGAGCGCGAAAAGAAAGAGGGAGCCGAGGAGGUAGACGCGUUGCGUCUUGAGCUGGACAAAGCUGCUGCUGCCAACGAAGAAUUAGAAGCCGAGUUGUUCUCGACCACCGAGAGGCUUGAUAGUCUGGUAGAGAAGGUAGAAUACUUGCAAGAGAAUGGAAUAGACAGCGACGUGGAAGAGCGCAUAGUCGACACGGUCACAGAUCGAGUUUUUGAACGUAUUUCGGAAAGUCUUACUGUUACCACUUCGAUGGCUACAAUCAACUACCAGCAGGCAAAGGAACUGGUCCUGCAAAUUGCAAAUGACCAUGGCUAUCUCCCCGAAGAAAAGCUUCGACUGCUGCCAGCCGACCUUCGCCGCGACAUCGAAGAAGCAUUCCUGAAAAAAGACUUGAUGAUAGGAUCGUCGGUCAUCACACUGGCGAAGAACCUGUACACAAGCAAGGCUCGAUUCAUUUUCGAGCUCCUACAAAAUGCCGACGACAACAGCUAUACGCACGCCGCCGCAUCCCAUGUCGAUCCCUACGUCUCGUUUCGCGUGCAUUCUGACCGGGUCGUCAUCGAGUGCAAUGAGGACGGCUUCAACAGUGCGAAUCUCAAGGCUAUCUGCUCUAUCGGACAGAGCUCCAAGAUGGGUGCCCAGGGAUACAUUGGAGAGAAGGGCAUCGGCUUCAAGUCUGUCUUCAUGGCGGCCUCAAAGGUGCACAUUCAGUCAGGAGCCUUUUCUUUUUCCUUCACACACCGGCCAGGAGAUUCUGGCAUGGGCAUGAUCUCCCCGGUAUGGGAAGAGCCGGGCGAAGAGCUGCAGCCGCACCUGACGCGGAUUACAUUGUUUCUGCAUGGCGGCGGCGACGGCGAGAAACAUGCACAAAUACAAGACGCCAUCGCAACACAGUUCCAAGAGCUGCAGGAGACUUUCCUCCUAUUUAUGCGGAACCUGCGAAGCAUUCGAGUUGCUUUUUUUGAUGACGGCGGAGCCAAGACGGAGUCAUGCACAUACUUGAUCAAACGGCCGCAGACAGACAUGGCCAUUCUCAAGAGGACCUGGGCUACUCAUGGGUCGAAAGAAACGUCCGAAGAGAUUUCCAAACACUUUUAUGUGGUAACACACCAAGCCACAGACCUCACAAUGAACGAGAACAGGACGUACUCGGAAGCCGAAAAGGCCUCGGGGGCCUACACCACUUCUCAGGUUGUCCUGGCCUUUCCACUCUCAGCAGAGUCUACUCCCAUCCUCGAGGAGCAAGAUCUGUUUGUCUUCCUCCCCGUUCGCAAAUAUGGCUUCAACUUUAUCAUCCAGGCCGAUUUUGUCACCGACGCCAACCGUCAGGAUAUUGUCACCGACUCCGUCCGCAAUGCCCGCCUCAUGAACAGUGUGGCUGAGGGCUUUUGCAAGGCCAUGCUACGGGUGAGCAAGCAAGACUCCUUGCGCUACAAGUGGAUGCACUACUUGCCAAGAAAGCAGACACAGCGGACUGGUCUCUGGGAGCAUCUGGUAAAAUGCAUCGACACCUGUCUCGCGGCCACACCAGUGCUGUAUGAUCGGAAAGGCUCGGGACGGCUCAUAAAGCAUCUCAUUCGCGUAAAGGACCACGCCCUUGACGAGAACGGCGAGCUCCUAUUUGAUGACGGCCACCCCAGUAAAGUCGUGUCACGGGACUACGCAGAAGACGACCUGGACAUUCUCACGGAGUACGGCCUCUCCUAUGCAUCAUUUUCUACGAUUCUUGGAUGGAUAAAAGCAGAUCUGGCGAAGCCUCUUGGCCAAUCACGCAUGAAGUCUUCUACGACGUCCACCUCCUGGCAUACACGUGCGGCCAUACUCCUCCGGCGGCCGUUUGAGGAAAAUAUGAAAAAACUCUCGCAAGAAGUGAAGAAACUGCCGUUAUUGCCUCUGGAAGGGGGUGACUGGGUGCGUCCAUCCAAUGCGGUUUUCUUUGCCGAUGUGAACCGGAUGGCCAUUCCUCCGGAUAUUGGCCUCUCUUUGAUUUCAAGCCAGAUCACGAACCCUACCCGGCUUCUGCUUUUCAAAGACCUAGGAACUCAGGAGGCCUCUGUAUCGCUUGUUCGAGAGAAAAUUAUAAGCAGCUACGGGUCGUCCAAUGCACAGCCCUUAUCGUUGGCGGCCUCUCAGAAGCACUUGAAGUUUCUCUACUUGACCGACCAUUUGAAGACAGACCGAAACACUAGCCUUCUAGGCUUGAGGAUAUACGACAACAGAGGCAUUGUGCGUCGUCUGUUCGACAAAAACAAUCCCAUUUACCUCGUCAACACUGACCCGUAUGGGCCUUGGGAGGUGCUCAGACCGACUGAGAAAGGCCCAAAUAUGGGAGACGGAGCUCCAGGGCUCGAAGUUUUCUUCGCAAACGAGGCAUACCUCAAAGAGGAAGCAGUGCAAUCUGAAUCAGACGUGACAUGGGCAACCUGGUUUCGCGACCGACUCGAAGUGAACAUCCACAUCAUUCUCGGCGGGAAAAUAGCGGAAUACGUACAGCAGCACAGACCUGAUAAGUUUGUCGGUGCUCUUCGCGUGUUUCAUGAUAAAAAUGGGAAGCUGUCACGAGGGUACAUUGAUUGGGCUGUUGGAAGCGAACUGUUAUACAAGCCAUUCAUGUCCGACGACACUAGCCUGUAUAUCGAGGCUUUCUUCGCGAAAAUCCUCAAGAUUGGCAAUUGCACUGCAAGCACGUACAUUGACGAGCUCCAGACCCUCAAGGCCUCUGACCGCAAAGACGGUGGUGUUGUAGCCGAACUCUACAGAGCGCUCAGUACCCUCCGUCCGGAAAUGAUGAACGAGACGAAGAUAAAAAUCAGGGCUUCGUUUGAAGCGAACGCGCUCAUCUACGUCCCGUCGAAUGACGGCCCGGCCUGGCGCAAGCCCGCAGAGUGCGUAUGGUCCAGUGCAAUCAAGCUGCGGAACCGGGUUUCGCUCGGCGAGGAGUACAAAGACCUCAAGGGCCUCUUUGUGGACCUCAUCGGCGUCAAGACAGUGGACCUGGCCAUGGCCAUCGCUGAGUUGGAGUCGGUAGGCCAGAAGCAGUCGUCAAUGGCAGAAGUGCGGGACUCAAUCUGGGCUGUAAACUCGCUCCUGGUCGACAGCGUCGAGGCGCAAAGGCCUGAAAAAAUCUUGACCUUGGCCAUAUUCCCAUGCAAGUUCCCCGACGGCCACAUCGGCUACGUGCCAGCAUCGACCGAGUUCUUCAUAGGCGAUCGUGCGAACUGGAACAAGUCGUUCGGCGACAGGGUGAGGCUUCUGGACUUUGAUUUGCGCGAAGUCGGCCAGCUGUUGCCUUUCUUCUCUUGGAUCGGCUUGCAAGAUCGCUAUUUGUCCCGCUGUUGCCGUGAAACCACAUCGAUCCACGGCGCUACGAGCCGAGCAUUGAAGCACCAGAUCCAAAACAGGGCGCAUGCUUUGCUAAGAUACGACAACCCAACGCCGCACAUGGGUACCGCUGACAUCACAAAGCGAAACCUGUUGAUUGGCGCGGCGGGUGAGGUCUAUGACUUUGGCAGGAACAAGUGUUGGCAAAGCUCGAUCCGGCACUACGUUGCCGUUCACCCUGAAUACAGCCGACUCACGCAAUGGGUGGGACAAGAAACAUCCGACAUCCGGUACAGUGACGCCCAGGGAAAACUGACGGCGUAUCUCAUCGAGUUGGGCUAUUUGGACGCAAGCACCUGGCAGGGCGCCACACCAGAGUACUUUAUCGAGGUCAAGACGACCACGUCGUCGUGUAAGACGCCAUUCUUCGUAAGCUCCAAGCAAUACGACAGGAUGAAUGACGUAUUGUACGGAGAUACAUCGAAGGUCUACAUGAUCUUCCGCGUGUUUCAUCUAGGCCAGCAGAACAUGGGCUGCAAGAUUUACGUCGAUCCGGCGGCGGCGGAUGACUGUGGCAAGUUGAGAUUUACCCCGUCAACGUGGUCCGUUGUACCUGGCCAGCUCUAUUCCGGGUCUGAGGGCGAGCUUAACGCGGUCGGCAUAGUUCAGGACCAGCCAGAUGUCCUGGUAGCCGCCGUGGUGGUGGAAGCUGGCGACGACUUUGUGGACGGCAGCAGCGGCAAUAGUCCAGGAGGCGGCGGUGCCCUCAGAGAUCUCGCCGUAGCGCAGCGGGCGGCGCAAGUGCGGCUCCAGGCGAUCGUCGAUCCGGCUGUUGGAUGGCCCUAG